AUCUGCCACCCCGGCCAGUGCUGCCCAGGCCAGGCAUCUACAGGAGCCCACUGCAGCCCAGGCUGGCCAAGAAGGACUGGGGACCCAGGGCCCUUCCCUUCCCCAGGGCACAUCGGGCUGGGCUGAAGCCACCGGCAAGGGGUGCCCGUGAGGACCAGGCAUGGACCUGCAGAUGCCACAGGCAUGAUGUCGGCCCAGGAGCUCGUGGCCUGCCUCUGCCGUGAGGGGGACCAGCGCCUGGCUCUGGGGGAGCCGCGCCUAGCCACGGCUUUCUACCUGGCCGCCUUCAGCUGCCACCCCUCCUCAGCCGUAAGGAACGUGCGGGCAGCACUGGCUGAGGCCCAGGGGGCACCCGUGGUGGCCACCCUGGAGGCCUGGUGCCGCGGGGACAGCCAGAUCCCGGCUGUCCACUGGGAUGGCAUGGCGGUGGUCUCGCUGACAGGGGCCCUGGCCUCCGCCUUCCUGGGGGCCCUCUGCCCCGACCACCCAGCCGCGGUCCUGCACUUGCUGGCCAGCCUGCUGGCCCGCGGGCACCACAGGGAGGUGGUGCAGCGCUGCGAUGCCCUGCUGGAUGCCCACUCGCAGCAGGCCCUGGAGCUGCAGCUGACCCGCGCCCUGGCCCGCAUCCUGUCCGGGGAGCAGGUGGGCGAGGGUGUGGCCGAUUACCUCCAGGCCUUCGCCUCGAGCACCAGCCGCACAGUGGCCUUCAUCCGCACCCACCAGCAGCCCUACCUCCCCACACUGCUCAGCACCCUGCGGAGCCACAUCUCAGGCCAUGCAGAGGCCACAGACAGCGCCAGCCGGCAGGACACUGACUGCCAGGAAUUCCUGGCUGCACUGGACCCCAGGGGCCCCUGGCGCGACACCCCGUCUCCUGACAACCUGCUCCUCCUCGGCAGGUAUGAGGACUGCUUGGCCAUGUGCAGCCAGGCCCUGCAGUCUGACCCGACGGGCAGCGGACCCCAAGGUGAGCGCCGGGCCGCCCUGCUGGUCACCCGCGCAGCGGCAGCCUCGCUCGCGGGCGGCCGGGCCUCGGACGUGCUGCGGGACCUGCACGAGGCCUUCAGCGAGAGUCCGCGCACGGCGCGGCGCCAGUUCCAAGCAGUGCUGUCGGCGGAUGACCAGGGGCGCUUGCGGGCCCAGGUGCAGGAGGCCGCGGACUGGGGCUUUGCCCGCUUCCAGGAGGCCGUGCGAGGCCGCCCCGAGCUCCGCGAGGACGUGGGCCGCGAGCUGCUGGCCCCGGUGACCCGCGCGCUCCGCGUGCUGCUACGCGUGGCGCCGGUCGGGGCGCGACCCGAGCUGGGCACCCGCCUGGCUGAGGGCCUCCUGCUGGCCGGGGACGUGUCGGGGUCCCGCGCGCUGUGCGAGCGCCUCCUGCGGCCGCGGCGCACCGGGGACCGAGCGCUGGACCACGCACCCCUGCUGGCGCUGCGAGGCUUCUGCGCGCUGCACGCGGGCGAGGCGGGGCGCGCGCUCGAGGACUUCCAGGAGGUGCUGGCGCGCGGGCAGCCGGGCCCUGAGGGCUGCGUGCGCGCGCUUUCCUGGGCGCGCUAG